UCGGGCUGCAGUCUAACAACUUGUCCUCCUGCUCAGUUCACUUGAUUUAGUUUGUGGCUUGGAUACAGCGAGCAUCGAAGGACGACAUGGCUUUCCAGCAAAGAGCAGCGCUUCUCUGCCUCUUUCUGUUUCUUCACGCCUGGAAUGUACGGGGCGGAGUGGAGGUGACCACGCACGAGAGCGUCGAGGUCUACUUGGGCGACUCGGCUGAGAUCCAAUGCCGGUUCAACUUCACCGAAGCCAGUGCUAUUCGCAAUUUUUUCGUCCAGUGGUUUGUGAAAGACAAAGACAGCGGUUCACGGUCUCGCAUCUAUUACGGCAAAUACAACACAGUUGACAUCGCGGUGGACGACGACACGGAGUACAGCGGUCGGAUUAAUGUGACUUUGGAUCAGCACAGGACUCAGCUCACCCUUCAGGAAGUGCAGCUCUCUGACGAGCGGGAGUUCAUCUGCCAAGUAAAUGGCGUGUCUGCCGGCGCCGAGGAGAGCAAGACUCACCUCAGAGUGUUUGCUCCCCCAGACGCGCCAGUCAUCAAGAGUGUCCAAUCAGGAAUUUCCAUUACCAAUGAGAUGCCGUCUAAGGUGGCCACGUGUGAGGCACGGAAUGGUUUUCCCAAAGCCAACAUCACAUGGUACAGGAACAACAUGCCUCUGGUGCCUUCAGCAGGACGUGUGAAUGUGUGGACCGGCGACACAGUAGAACCCAACGCCUUGUACUCAGUGCAGAGUACCCUGGAGUACCUGGUGGUAAAAGAGGACCAGAAUGCCAACUUCUCCUGCGAAGUCAGCUUCUUCGUGCCCGGCGCCAUCCGGACUGCGGAGUCCAGCAGCGUUGGCAUCACCGUUUACUACCCGACCACCAUGGUGGAGGUGUGGAGAGAGUCGCCUAAGGGACUGGUCAAAGAGGGGGAUACUGUGGAACUCCGUUGCCAGGGUGACGGCAACCCCCCACCGAGCUUCAUCUUCAGCAAAAUUGAAGAGGACUCGGUGAGCGUGGACUUGGAGAGCCGCAGCAACGUGUUGAUGCUGCAGUCGGUGACGCGCCGAGACGGUGGCGUCUACAGGUGUCGACUCCGGGAUGACGACAUACAGAAAGGAGAUAUGGAGCUCUCAGUGAAGUACCUGGACCCAGCUGUGGUGGUACCCAAAGAAUCAGAGGUCAUGUUGAAAGGCGAAGAUUUGAUCGCGUCAUGCAACGCUCUGUCCAACCUUGCAACAUCCACCGUCUGGUACAAGGAUGGAAGAAUGGUGGGUAGAGGGAACACGCUGCACCUGCAGGACGCGACCUACGAAACGGCGGGAGAGUACUUGUGCGAGGUGACCGUUCCCGAACUGCCCAGCCUGCACACAAGUGGCUCCGUCCACAUCAUCGUCCACGGUGGUCCUCAGCUGGUGGGCGACGAGCAGGAGGUGCAUCUGGAGGAGGCCGUGGGCAGGUCAGUCAACCUGAGCUGCGAGGCACGCGGCCACCCGGCGCCCAGCAUCACGUGGAUCUUCGUCGGUAGCCAGAGCUGGCACGAGGUUUUUAGCAAGUCGAGCGAGCACGUGACCCGCAGCGUGGUGUCGGUGGCCGUCAACUCGGACAUCAGCGCCGUGUGCAACACCUCCAAUGACUUCGGAAUUGACGUCAAAGCCUUCAGCAUCAAAGCCAUUCCCCUGGUCACCUCCAGCGCCCCCUUCUCUCCCGCAGAGGGCAGCGGCGUGAUCAUCGUGGUGAUCAUCCUAAGUCUACUGCUGCUCGCCAUCCUGGGCAGCGUGCUCUACUUCCUGCACAAGAAGGGCAAAAUUCCAUGCGGACGCUCGGGAAAGCAGGCUAUCUCCAAAGAGAAGACGGCCAAAGACGACAUCGUGGUGGAGAUGAAGAACAACGGCAAUGGCAAGAGCGAGGACGCCGUGCUGCUCAAGGCCGUCAACGGAGACAAAAAUGGCACAAGUGAGCAGUAAAAAAAAGAAGAAUCAGCAGUGGAGGAGCUGAGACCAGCAGGGACUCACAAACUUUUUUUCGAGUGAAUGUUGUUUUGUAAAAGUUCAUUCAUUGUUCUUUCUGCCGUUUAAUCGUUACUUUGCCAUCGAAGUGUACAUAUUAUAUAUAUAUAUUUUGUUAUUUAAGAUAUUCUCACAUACGCAUACACACACACACGCCUACACACACACACUACAAACUGCUGUCAAGGCCAUUUCUCCUUUUCCUCAAAUACUGUUUGUACAUAUGCCAACGGACUGUUGCCGAGCAGAAUUCAGAGAGCUCAGCGAUCUACUUCGCCUGUUUUGGUUUUUGAGAUUUCAAUACACUGAAUAUUUGUACGUAUUUUUAUUGUGUUGUGUUCUAGCAGGUUUGUGCGCAUACGUUUGGAAUUGCUCACAAGUUGCACUCGAGCAGGAGUGGACAAUUACGGUACUUUUGAAGAGAACAUUUCAGUUUGAAGCACGCGCACCAGCGGCUUUUUGUGAAUAUCAUCGAGUAUUUUUUUGGGGGGGGGGGACUUUUUUUGUCACUCUUUUCCACUGACGUGAUGAUGUCGUGCUUGUUGUGUUCCGAAAAAGCUGCACACGAGGGAAUAUUUUGUUUAUAAUUUGUUUGUUUUUUCACUCCCCAAAAACGUGUGUAAAUUAACAGCUGUAAAUGUGAUUUUUUUUUUUUUUUUAUGCUUGCUUUUUUAAAAUGUUUUUUCAAAGAAAAAAGAUGCCAAAUAAAGUC